GUGGACGAAGUGAUAUUUUUCUGGAGCAUCUUAAGUUCAAACUCCUGGCUGGCGGUGGUAAGGGUUUGUGAUGGGUGAAGGGUGGUAGUUCAAAGGUUACAGUUUUGUUGUCUUUGUGUAAAGGAGUGGAGCUCGAUCUCGCAUCACUCUUCCCUCUUCCCCGAGUCCUUUCUAAACUCUCCCCCGGGUUUUUACCCUCCCGAACCUCUCCCCUUCUACCCUUACAACCCCAACCCUCCCCCCGAUCAGUCGGCAGCGCUCUAAGCAGUUUAGAUCCAUCUCUGUGACCAAAGACUCUCAGUUUCUGUACGGACCACUAUAGUUGCAGUUAUGGACUCCGGAGUAAUUGAAGGCGGACUCAAUGUCACCCUUACUAUAAGGCUGCUCAUGCACGGCAAGGAGGUUGGAAGUAUAAUUGGAAAGAAGGGUGAAUCUGUGAAGAAGAUGAGAGAAGAGAGUGGAGCUCGUAUUAACAUCUCUGAAGGCAAUUGUCCUGAACGGAUCAUCACUUUGGCAGGUCCGACGACGGCCAUCUUUAAAGCGUUCUCUAUGAUCAUAGAGAAGUUGGAAGAGGAUAUCAGCAGCUCUAUGACGAACAGCACAGCCACCAGCAAGCCUCCAGUGACUCUACGCAUCGUAGUGCCUGCCAGCCAGUGUGGCUCGCUCAUUGGGAAAGGUGGCUGCAAGAUCAAAGAAAUUCGAGAGUCAACCGGUGCUCAGGUACAAGUGGCGGGAGACAUGCUUCCCAACUCCACAGAGCGUGCCAUCACCAUUGCUGGAACUCCGCAGUCAAUAAUUGAGUGUGUUAAGCAGAUCUGCGUGGUCAUGCUUGAGUCUCCCCCUAAGGGGGUCACCAUCCCCUACCGACCCAAGCCUUCAGGAUCACCUGUCAUCUUUGCAGGCGGACAGGCCUAUGCUGUACAAGGACAGCACGCGAUCCCACAGCCAGAUUCUUCCUCUGCUGCUAUUUCUCCACAGCUCACCAAGCUUCACCAGCUGGCUAUGCAGCAGAGCCCUUUCCCUAUUGCACCAGGCAACCAGGGAUUCACUGGGAUAGAUGCUUCUGCUCAGACUAGUUCACAUGAGAUGACCAUUCCAAAUGAUCUGAUCGGAUGCAUCAUUGGCCGCCAGGGAGCCAAAAUCAAUGAGAUCAGGCAAAUGUCUGGAGCCCAGAUCAAGAUCGCAAAUCCAGUGGAUGGAUCGACUGACCGGCAGGUUACCAUCACAGGCUCGCCCGCCAGCAUCAGUCUGGCGGAGUACCUCAUCAAUGCAAGUGUAGAGUCCUCUAAACCUCCUCCCUCCUCCUCUUCCUCCUCCUCCUUGAACCCUGAACAGACCAGCUUGUGCCCUCCUUCCACCUCUACUACUACUACUACUACUACUACCACCACCACCUCCUCUGCCGCUACCUCCUCCUUCUCCUCUUCCUCCUCCUCUUCUUCCUCUUCCUCCUGUGUGGCGCCCCCUACAGCCCCCAUCCCUCUGUCCUUGUUGGCUCCAGGGCCACCUCCUUCCUCCUCCUCCUCCUCUUGCUCCUCCACCGACUCCCUGCUCCCCAGCUCACCCGCCUGUGUGUCGAGUCUCCUCAGUCUCAAGCCCCUGCCUCUCCUGGCCCUCCAUGUUGUCAGUGGGGCCAGUAACCCCCCACACCCAAUUCCCACUGAGCCCAAAGUGGCCCCUGAGCUGGGCUCCAAGUCCAAAAGGCGAAGGCUCUCCCCUUACUAAUGAAGGAAACAUAAGUCAUCUCCUCCUGAAGUGCUGACAGUGCUCUUUGUUGUCUGUACUUGCACUUGCUUUUGUAUCUGGCUGCGCCAUGCCUCGCUUACAGCACAAAGCAGCCCCCUGUUACCAAGCCAGAGAGGUGGUUAACGCCAUAUUUAUAAAAUAUCUGUAGCUUGACUCUACCUGUCUCUUUAAAAUGUGACAUGUCGAGUGCAUUAUAUUUUUCAAGGACUUUGAAUUUAGCAUGGACAGGGAGUAGUUUAACCGAAUCUCUCUCUCUCUCUCUCUGUCUCUGUCUCUCUCUGUCUCUCUCUCUCUCUCUCUCUCUCUCUCUCUCUCGUUGUGUAAGCUCUGCUCAGGUAGCGGCUCCUUUAAGAUGUCACGUUGUACCUGUGGAAUUAGUUUUCUCUCCAGUUAUUUUUACGUGACUGUUGUUAGUUUACAAAAAGGGUUGUCUCGUCGUGAUUCGUUUGCUGAUUUAAGAAAAACAAAAAAACAAAAAAAAAACAAAGCAAAACCGAGUAAUUUUAAAUCAAAUUAAAUCUUCCCUCAGGUAUCAAAGCCACUUAUUCAUGCUUUGGGUUUUGUUGGUUAUUAAAAAAUCUAAAACGACCCAUCUGCUUUAGCUUACCAAUAAGAGAUGAUUAAUAAUAAGGCACCAGAUUUGUGGAGGUAAUUUCGACUGAUCUCAAGAAGAUGAAAAUAAAUUUCUGGGAGCUUCAGAAUUUAGCUCAUAGGUUUAGCUAGUAAACUUGAAAACAGGUGCAAAUCAAGAGCGGAAUCAUGUCAAAGGUCCCACUUGAGCAUUUUUGAUUGAUCCUCAUGAUAUUUACAUCAUCUGUGAAAAGUUGUCUGGAAACAUAGCAGUGUGGGUGAAAUGAACUCUGAAUGAAAAGAGUCAAAUUUAAUCAGAUCAGCAUUAAAUAGGCCCAUAUUUGGGCACAUAAAAGUUGGUCACUAAUUAUAGAAAAGGUUAGGUUACCAUAACUGAUUAGAGAAUUGAGGCUUUUCAGUUGAUUAUU